GGGAGAAGCUGCCUGCCCACCUGCCCGCUCCUCCUUCCUCCCAGGCCUGGGGGCUCCUGUGGCCCUGACCGUGCCCUCGCUGGCCCUGAAGCCAGGUGCUUCUCAGGCCCACUGCUCUGUCUCUUUCAGGGGCCAGGCUGGGCCCUGCCCCGGGCUCCUGGGUCCCUCCUGCGGGUCCCUCUGUUCCAUGGCUGUUCCAGCACAGGCUUUGUUCUGCCUGCCCUGGCCCAGCCUGGCAUGGGGGCAGUGGUGGGUGUCAGGCAGCUGAGGCAGAGGCUGUGAGAGGUCCUGACUCUGCCCCAGGCCCUGGGUGCUGUCCUGCUGCCCUGGCUGUGCGGAUGGAAACCAGGGGCUGAGCGACAGAGGAGGGGACCGUCUAGGUGGGGCCUGGUCAGGGAGAGGGCCCGGGGAGGGGGCAUCCUUUCAGAAUUCGUGAUGGCCCUGCCCCCAGGCCUUCUGCCCAGGCUGUGCUGGGGGAGCGGCACUCACCUCCCGUGCUCAUUUCCUGGGGGCAUUUUUCUAGGGAGGCAGAGAGAGUAUGUGCGGUGAUGGCGGGGGCUGAGGCCAUUGUGGGCGAGAGGUCAGGGUAGAGGCCCCCCUGGCAUGUGGGACGGUGUGUGUGUGAGCCAAAGUGUCAGUGUCAGACGUGCUUGACAAGAGGCUUGUGGGUGACAGGGGCUUGUGGCUUCUGUCUUUCCGGGGAGGCAGCUCGGACAAGCGGGGUCCCUUCCAGAGGCUCUUCCUCUCCCCACAGCCUGUGCCCUCCCCAAGCAGUCGGUGACGGGGGUGUUGGGGACCAUCUCUGGGGAGGUGGAGGGGCAGGUUUACUCACACACACACACACACACACACACACAUACGCUGUCCCCACUUUGGCGGUUGGCUCAGUGGGAGGAAGUGACUGAGCCUCCGGAGGAGGUCAGGGGCUCCUAGGAGACCAAGGAGGCGGGGAUGUGACGUCUGGAGGACGCCAGGGCCCCCUGGGGAGAGGGGACCCCUGCCCCACUUUCCUGCCCUGAGGUCCUAGCACCCCCGAUUAACCCUUUCCCCACUGGGCCCGCAGCACCCCAGGCUCUUCCCGGGGGCCCUGCACAGCCUCUCAUCUUGGGGACACUCUGGUUCCGCCCUCGGAAGCCGCUGAGCCUGGCCCUCCCCACAGACCUUCCUGUUUGUGGCGCCGUGUCUGUGUGUACCGGAGCACGGCCUCACGUGGUCUGAGGCCCUUUCCUGUCCCGUCUUGAUCUCCAUGGUGGUGCCCUUGCCCCGGAUGAGGGAACUGAGGACAAGGAGGAGGAAGUGCUGGCCAGCGUCACCCCAGAGGCCUGAUGGGGCAGAGCCCAGUGGGACCCGCCCCUCCUCGUUGCCGAGCCCCGGCCCCCAGAGCUGCUCGGACGUUCAUCUUCACAGACAGCCCGGACGAAGGCCUCCAGGAGAGACUGGGGUCCCACCUUGUGGUCACCAACUGCUCUGCAGAGCACAGCCACCCCGCCCUGUCCUGCAAGAUGGCUGCCGAGUUUGAUGCCUUCUUGGCCAGCGGGCUGAGGUGGUUUUGCCACGUGGACGACGACAACUACGUGAACGCGCGGGCGCUGCUGAAGCUGCUAAAAGCCUUCCCGAGGACCCGCGACGUCUAUAUCGGCCGGCCCAGCCUGAACCGGCCCAUCCACGCCUCCGAGCCGCGACCCCGCAACCGCACGAGACUGGUACAGUUCUGGUUCGCCACUGGGGGUGCCGGCUUCUGCAUCAACCGCAAACUAGCUUUGAAGAUGGCCCCAUGGGCCAGUGGCCCCCGCUUCGUGGACACAUCUGCGCUCAUCCGGCUGCCUGACGACUGCACUGUGGGCUACAUCGUUGAGUGCAAGCUGGGCGGCCGCCUGCAGCCCAGCCCCCUCUUCCACUCCCACCUGGAGACCCUGCAGCUGCUGGGGGCGGCCCAGCUCCCGGAGCAGGUCACCCUCAGCUACGGCGUCUUCGAGGGGAAGCUCAACGUCAUUAAGCUACAGGGCCCCUUCUCCCCCGAGGAGGACCCCUCCAGGUUUCGCUCCCUCCAUUGUCUCCUCUACCCAGAUACUCCCUGGUGCCCACAGCUGGUGGCCCGAUGAAGCCUCAACUGCUGGGCUGAGGUCUCUGGUUGUCCUUUGCCUCCCCAGGCAGCCCUGAGGGCCUGUGGCAAGCGCCCUGGGGUGGGCAGUCCCUGGCAGGGCCUCCGAGUGGUGGGCAAGCCGAGGAUUGGAUGGUGGCUGGUGGUGAAGACAUCUCAAGCUCUGGGAGGUGGGUUGGACAGCGCAGGGACAGGUGAGGGCCAGAGAGGUCCCAGGGGCUGGGCGUCCCUGGGCCUUGGGUGGCUCAACUGAACCAGCCCCUUGAGCGGGGCUGGGGCUCCGGAGUCCUAACCCUCCAGAGCAUCUCACGGGCCCCUGGGUGGGGUCUGGCCUCUGCUCCCAGCUCUCGUCUCUGAGUCAUUCCCCUGGGGUCAAGCACUGGGCCCCCCACCCCUGGCUUCCUUGGCUGGAUCCCCAACCACUGAGGGGAACCAGAUGGAAUAAUGACAGGACCCAGGGCCUGCGGCAGCUUCUGUCGUUGCUGACCAGUCUCCAGCUCCUUGCUCCCCAUGCCUUGCUAGCAGAACCCAAUUUCGUCUGAAGCAUCAGCAUGCCCAGAAUCAGAUGAUGGCUCAGUGGGUCCCAGAAAAUCACGAUGAUCCUUUUGCUCAUUUUCCCAGCCUCCCUUGCUGUUAGGCACUACCAGCUCUGGCCAGACUCUGUCUGUUAGUGUGAGCUGAGCAAAGCCAAUAGAGAAGCUUCUGGGGAAGGUUUUGCGGUCCCUACCCCAUCUUCCUGCUGUGAAUGUGAGUGUGAUGUCUGGAUCUGGGGCAGCCACCUUGCUGCCGUGAAGGAAAGGCCAAGAUACUCAUCUGCAGCUGUCCCUUUCAGCAUCUGGUUCUGUAAGAAAAUUAAACCUUUAUUUGUUGAAGCUG